AGGGUUUCUCUGGGAAGUGUGGCAUUCGUGUCCCGGCGCUCAUGUGGUAACUUCCAGACCUGCUCUGCUUUCCCUGAACACUGGCCCACACCCAGGGAUAGAACAAGAGGGGGAGAGAGAGAGAAAUAAGGAAAGAAACGCAGAGUGAAUGUUUGUUUGAAAGAGAAAGCUUGAGGAGCAGAGAAAAGUGAAGACGACCAGAGAAGGUUAGACGUGAAGAGAGGGUGAUAUCAGGUGUUAAGAACUUUCAAAAGACAGAGAAAACAAAUAUAAUUUUUUGGCAAACGUCAUCUGUGUGUGUUUGUGAAUAUUACAACUCUAAUUCUUAAAAGUAACUGAGAAGGAACCAUGGAAGUCAUUGAAAGCUCAAGUGUUCACCUGGAGCAGCAAACCCUCACUGAGAUCUCCGACGACGAGGUCAACCUGCCACCUUCUGAUGACGAAGACGAAGCCGCUGUCAGAAAGGAGCAGUUGACCCUCGGCACUGAGGGGGAUGCUGAAGAAGAGAAAGACGACAAAAUGGACUCCCAGGUGAACGGGGUGAUGGUUCUGGCCCUUUUGGACAAGAUCAUUGGGGCGGUGGACCAGAUCCAGCAGACCCAGAGUGGGCUUGAGGCGAGACAGCAAGAAAUGGAACGCUCUGUCACGGGCAUCCAGGGCGAGCUCACCAAGCUGGCCAAGAGCCACAGCACGACUUCCAACAGUGUCAACAAGAUGUUGGAAAAGGUGCGCAAAGUGAGCGUCAACGUCAAGACGGUUCGAGCCAACCUGGAGAAGCAGGGAGGUCAGAUCAAGAAGCUGGAGAGCAACGAGAACGAGCUGCUGAAGAGACGCAACUUCAAAGUCAUGAUUUAUCAGGAUGAAGUGAAGGUGCCCUCCAAAGUCAGUGUGUCCAAAUCCAUGAAGGUGCCCGAGUCUAUAGGGGGCAGCAAAGGCAGCCAGCUAGAGCUGAAGGAAGUGGUGGAGGAACCAGGAGAGGAAGGAGGAGAAGAAGAGAAAGCCCAUGUGGACCUCUCCUCUGAUGAGGAAGAGGUGGAAAUCGAGGAGACCAUAGAAGAGUCACGUACUGAGCGUAUCAAGCGGAGCAGCCUCCAGCGCGUGCAGACGCUCAAGACGGUCUUCUCCAAAGACAAGAUGGACAAGACCAAGCAAAAGACAAAAGACAGCUUGGAGAAAACCAAACAGAAAACAAAGGAGAACCUAGAGAAAACCAAACAGAAAACAAAGGAGAACCUAGAGAAAACCAAGCAAAAGACCAAGGAGAACUUGGAGAAAACCAAGCAAAGGACCAAGGAGAACUUGGAGAAGACACGUCAUAACAUUGAAAAGAAGAUGGGAAAGUUGGGAACGCGUAUGAGCGUAAACCCUGAGCGCAAAGAGAAGAUGAAGACCUCCCGGGAGAAGAUGAAGAAGUCAUUCACGCCCGACCACACCGUCUACGCUCGAGCCAACACCGCCGUCUACAAGGUGCCCCCAUUUACCUUCCACGUCAAGAAGAUCAGAGAGGGCGCGGUGGAGAUCCAGGGGACUGAGAUGGUUGAGGUCUCCCAGGAGGCCUUCAACGGGCUGGAGGGGGAGGUCGAGGAAGCAGGUAUGGAGAUGGAGAUGAUGAAUGGAGGUGGGGAGGAGGAGGAGGAAGAAAUGGAAGAUGAAGAAGAGGAUAAUGAGGAGAAACUGCUGGACAACGAAGAUUUGGAGUUGGAGUUGGCACUGGAGCGAGAGCGGGAGCGGGACAGUGACUAGAGGGAGGAUCUAGAAGAGAAAAGGAAGGCUGAAAGAGUGAACACAGACCAAUCCCAAAUCAUUUCUUUACUCCUACCAAUGUAGAUUAAUAUUGAAAUUCAGAAGUUAAAAACCUAUAGUAUUUCUAUAUUGCUUAUACUUGCCUCGGGCUUUGGGAUGGGGCAAAGAAAAGAUUUGGGAUUGGCUGCUUAGUUGGAAGGCCCUAAAGAGAGGUUGAUUGAGGAGGACUUUCAAGGGGUGCAGAAAGGAGGAGUAGAAUUGUAUGAGGGCUGAGUAAGAUCUAUUUUUUUGUGUGUGUGUGUGUGGGGGGGGGGGGGGGGGGAAUCUGAACUCCAAUGUCGCUCAAAAAAGAGAUGAAUGUGUGGCAGGUUGAUUAUAACACAAUGUCCACGUCUGUGUAUUACUGAAACACCUUUGUACUGGACAUAUGAAUAAGGACUGCAUCUGAAUUUAUUCAUAGGUGCUGUAUACUAACUCAAUAAGUCUACAUAAAGUACAGUUAAUACAUAUGUCAAUAAAUGAUUACAGUACUAAGUGAAACACACCGUAUACGUAUUACAAUAGCAGGGGAAUACUGCAGUGUUCCUUUCUUAUUUGAGACCCAUUAACUGACACUGAUAAGUGUUACACACAGUAUGUCUUUAUUCUUCUUUACUAUCAUUUUAUGUAGAGUCACGGAGAAUCUAUUGUGAACUGUUAAUGUUACUCACACUGUCAUUUGUGGUGUGAAUUGUUUAUGAGAGCGCAUGACAUCACUUUUAGGUUGUGAGCAAUGAAAGAAUGUGAGAAUAUGUCACCAGGAAUGUAAUGUAUGAGAAAUAAUGUCUUUAUCGUUCUUCAAAUGAAGGCUUCUUUAAACAGAAAUAUUAUUCGGAUAGUCUGUUGUGCUGUACAGUUUCUGUAGACACUAAAUGUUUUGUCUUGGGAACCGAAAGCUAUAAAAAGUUAUAAUUUCAUAGAAAUGAUUUCUCUCAUUACAGCUUUGGUAGAAUCAAUGCGGACUACAGGCAUUGUUAAUGACAGUAGUCCACAUUGUUUCAACCCGUUUUGGAUACAAUAAUGAUAAUGAUGAUGAUAAACAUUUUGUCAAUGAAAAUGAAUUAGAACAAAAACUUUAUUAAUUUUAACAAAAAUUGUGUGUGCAACUGAUCAGAUUUUGUCAUUUAUCUGUCAUUUACAAAUUGUAUUAACCCUCGUGCUGCCUUCGGGUCACAUGACCCAAAGGUUCAUAACAAACCAUCGUUGUGUUUACCCAAUUUUACCCAAUACAAAAACAAAUUAAAAUAAUUUUCUUUUAACCUUCGCAAUGUGGGGGGUCUGAGACAGCCCAACGGUUAAAAGAAAAGGCUUCACUUUGUCUUUGUAUGCGGUAAAUCUGUCGCAAUACGACGGUGGGUCACAAUGACUGAUGGGUCAGAAUGACCCGAAGAUAACACAAGGGUUAAGAGUCUUCUCUGCAGUAUUGUAGUAGCACCUAGUGGCAAAUUUAUGCAUUACUGGAUUAAUUAAUUGUGGAGCACUGAAUAGCGUUCCACUUUGCAAGCUGAUCAAAUCUUGUGUUAUGAUGUGAUUACAGUGCUAAUCCAUUUAACGUUGCUGUGGCAGGUCUGUUUUGAACAACUGACUGGAUUUUCUUGGAAUAGCUUAACAUGAUAUCACUUUUAAAUGUUACAAUAUUUUGUUACAUUUGUUCACCUGUUAAUUUUAAAGUUAAUAGCAUGCCCACAGCCACUGAUUAUUCAAAGAAUGUAAUAUACAUUAAGAAUAAGACCUAUAAUUAGGAACAGUGAUCAUAUAUUAUUAAGAGCACAUGAAAUAGUUACUUUCAUAUUUUUUCCAAAUCAUGAAAGUCUAACCUCACUUUUCAGGUCCAACUGGUUGGAUCAAUUAUUGUAUCCAAAAGAGUUUGAGGGCCAACUGUGCUUAAGUAAUUAAGCCUUGUUUUGUAUGCAUCUAAGUAAACAGGACCAGUUGAACCAUCCAGACCUGUUAUUCAGUACCUUUCAUUGUUUAUGUUGUAUUUAAUGUGAAUCACUGCCAUUGCACAUACAGUAAUAUCAACGCCGCUGCUUUAUAUCUGUACCAGUGAACCUUUGCGCCUAUCUUCAAACCUUUUGUGAAAGUAACUUCAGUAAUUUCCUGCCUUAUGCACCUAAGUAUACGCUCAGAUAUCAUAAAUUGCCUUUUGUAUGUUGCACCAAAAUGCUUCAAGUUAGACACUGCCAUAUUGGCAUAACCUCACACUUCAUUUAAGGCGACCCCCUGUAAACACCAACACCAGCCAUGGUAAAUAUUCAGCCAAUGUAUCACAGGUUCUUAGAUGUAUUUAUUCAUGAAAAGGGCUGUGUUCAUUUAGUUACAUAUCAAGACCUUUGGGUGGCAUUGAUAGUUUUCAUUCAGCUUGGGGUAUUUGGGUGUAUUUUACAAUGUAAUGAUGAUCCCACCUCUCAUGUAGGUGAGGACUAUGCAGAGCUGGUGUGAGCCUAACCACUAAUAUUUUAAUAAAAGCUAUUUGAUUCACAA